GAGAAUACUACUACGAGAGUAGAUGGAUGACGAUCUUUCCGCUGCCAUGUUUGCAUGUUGUUAAGGAAAUGUAGACUAUUGGAAUUGUUUACAAACACGCGUUUUUGAGUUUAGCAGAGAGGAUUGCAAUAUGAUUACUUCAUCCGUGAUAACUUCGCGUUGAUAACGCUGCGAUGACGUUCAAUGUAAUAGGACUGUAGUCGAUGCAGUAGAAGCAAGCUGCAACCCACAUAUUCCUGCAGAGAAAAGCUAAAACACAUCAUCUAAUCCCAGGAAAUGCGACAGUGAACUGGAGAAUAAGAAAAUGCCAGCAACAUCCGCCUUUAAGCCCACCUUGCCUGCUAAGAAAAAGUGUGUGGCUGUGGCUUGCACUCAGACUGACGAUAUUCCUGAAGAGCUCACAUUUGAUGAUGCAUCCUGUCAGACUGAUCCUGUGACAGAUGAACCUUCUUGGUCAGAUGUUUCUUGCCAAACUGAAAGAUCUGAAGAAGCUACCAAGAUCUUGUUGGAGCUGCUGGGUCCUGACUAUUUUGACUGGAGACCAAACCCUCAAAAACCUGAAUCCCCUUCUGUCCCACCUAAUGAUGGAGCUGCUAAUGAGUUGACCAUAAAAAGAGAGAAAUGUGUUAUGAAACCAGAAGACAUUGUUGUAAAACAGCAGGGUGACACUGAUCAUGAUUAUGCUGCAGUGGUAAGAGUGACCAAUAAGCUAUUGAGAGGUGCACUUCCGGCUUCACUGAAAGAAGAACCAGCUGAAAACUGUGGUCAUGCUGAAUUACCAACGAAUACUGUAACUGUCCAGACACCAGUUAUUCAGUCUACUGUUUCACUGAACAGCUCCACUGUUAGACCUUCACCAGUGAUUCAAGCUACUAUUUGUAUGAAUUCUUCUGACGUCAAGCAGCCACCAGUGACUGACCCCACUGUUAUUACAAACAGGUCUGUCAUAAGUCAGCAGAGUGUGGCACAGACUACUGUUCAGACAAUUCCUCUGCAACAGCUGAGUACUGGACCAAUUGCUAGUAAGCCAGGACACAAGGAAGGAGAUCUAGGGAAGAAGAAGAAAAUUGUAGUGGCCAUUCCUAACAGACGGCCUCGUCCUAUAAGUGCCCGUGAUGUAGAGUCUCUGAUUCCCAAAGAGAGAAGUGAAAUGAACUAUGACUACAAAGAGCUUGCACAUCUUUGGAAACAGUUACCAUUAGAGUCUAAGCGGGCUCUGGCUAUGGCUGAUCAUAGAUACUUGCUUACAGAAGAAAGACAAGGGUCAAACUUUCCAAGAAGGGGCAAACUUGACCGGAAGCUGUACAAUAAAUAUACCCCAAAGACUCUUAAGGAAAUUAUUAAUGUUGAAGGGCUGCCUCUUUAUGAAGAUGUACCAUCUCUCGGAGAACGAUCCCCAGCAGAAGUGACAAUUAGGUUAUAUACGGAAGAUGAUAACUGCAGUGAGAAAAAAGGGAGAGGAAGAGGGAGAAAAAGAAAAGGUACAAGAGGGAGGCCUGCUGUAAACAGAGUCACAGAAAAGGGAAAGGAUAAUGCUUUACAGGUGUGCAGUACUAAGAAAAGGGCAGCACGGAAUGAUGAUUAUGAACCCUUACAACUAGAGGUUACCGCAGAGGAAGAAAUGAAUGAAAGAUUUGCUAGAAGUCCAGAGUAUAGGUGUGAAGAAUUUGCUGAAUCUUCCACAACAGAAGAUUCACAAGAAGAAUUGGAGGAUGCAUCAGAAGAAGAGGAAGAGGAAUGGAAUCGGGAACCAAGUGAAGAUGAAGUUGACAAAACUGACAAAAAGGAUGAUGACUACAAUCCUUGGUCAGAAAAUGAGAGCAGCAGUGAGAGUGAGGUGGAAAAGUGUUCCAGUAGUGAAAUGGAUUUAUUUUCCAAUUCGGAUUCGUUUUCUGAUUCGGAUUCUGAUUCAUUAUCAGACUCCAGCUUAAAGGAACCUGUUGAAGAACGUCAUGAAGUUGCACCCCUUACACGAAGACGGAGGUCACUACGACUACAGAAGAAAUCUAAGCCAGAUGUAGCUUUGGAUCAGGAAGAUGAGGAAAUGGAUGAAGCAUCUGAAGAUAGUGCAGAUUCAAGAGAAGAACCUGGAAGCUUCAGUCUGAUGUGCCUUUCUCCUAAGAAAUAUUAUAAAUGCAAAUAUUGUGAUAUAAAAUUCAGGAAGAAACUUUGGAUGAAACAUCACUUGCACCUGACCCACUUGAAAGUUAAAUAUAAACCUUUCAAAUGUUCCUAUGAAAACUGCAAGAAAAGGUUCAUUCUUAAGAAAAAGAUGAAGAAACAUAUUAAAAAUGUUCAUGAAACUGUAAGUAACCCAGAAGAGCAAGAGUUCUUAUGCACUUAUGCUGGUUGUAACAAGGUGUUUAGGUCAAAGCAACGUCUUAACAUCCAUGUACAGAUACACUCAGAUACCCGAGGUUGGGUUUGCAAAGAAUGUGGAAAAACUUUCAAGCUCCAGAAGUGCUUGUCAAUGCAUAUGAAAAUCCACACUGGGGAAAAACGUCUUCAAUGCUCUGUUUGUGGAGAACUUUUCAGACAGAAGGCCUCUCUUAACUGGCACAUGACAAAACAUGAAGAGUCAUGCAAUUCUUUCUUCAAGGUUUCUUGUGAUGUGUGUGGCAAGAAAUUUGAGAAAGAGAAAGGGCUAGAGGCACAUAUGAUUAAAGUGCAUGGAAAAACUUCUGUUUGAAAUUACUUAACUUUGCUGUGGUGCGAGAUAUUGAAGUUACCACAUACCCUUGUUUCAGGAUGAAUCUCCUCUCAAGUACUGUGGAAAUUACAGACGUGCAUAGAACCAUAUACCAUACAAUGGGACUAAACAAUGAACUUUAAUGGUACUACAUUAAUUUUUUAAAAUAUGUGCUGCUUACAAAGUUGCAUAUAUGAAAUGAAGAUAAUGUACAGCAGCAUCUGCCCAAGAAAACAAAGUUGUUUUUCCCUUUUGAAAUUAUUUUAUACUUCUAAAGAAUUAGCUGUAGCAUCCUAGUUUUUAAAGAUGUUUUAAGCAGUAUUUGACAAAGAUUUUAUGUCAUUUAAAGACAUUUUAAGAAAGUCACUUUUGAACUUUUUCAAUUGUGCAUGUAAUAAACUCUGUAGCUGGACUACUAACUUGACACUUAGCAGUGUUUCUUUGUUAAAAGAAACAUAGAACUAGAGGGUAUAUAUUAUCCUUCAAAUGUUAAUAAAACUGCCUUUCUGAC